AUGGCGUGGCUGGGCUCCCUGCUGUCCGCUGGAUCCAUUUUGGACCAUGAGGAUUGGAUCGAGCGGCGGAGGAUUGGGGAGGCCGAACCGAAUUUGGUUGAGGCAGCAAUCCUUGGAUUGCAUGCUCAAGCAGAUUGUUUGAGUUGUGGCUGUGACUCUGGUGCUACUGGUACUGUUGGAGCUAUAGAAUUUGAUUGCCGAUUCCCUUUUGGUCUGUUGGUCUCAGAGGCGGACCCUCCCUAUAGGCAACGUGGGGCGGCCGCCCCAGCUACUGGCAUGGCUCCGUCUGGCGCCCAGACGCCGAAUGUGUGCGGUGUGCCUCCAGCCGACCGGAGCCCGGAGGUGAAAAAGAAAAGUAUUAGCGUGGGCCGGCGGACCGCGGAUUGGGGCAUGGGCCCUUGGCCAUCCGCCCAUCCGAACUCUCCCAGCUCCCAAGCAACCAGCAACCAGCCCCAAUCGAUCUUCCACUCCCAGACUCCAGUCCGCCUCCAGCAGCCCCCAUCGAUCUCCCGAAUCCCGAUCCAUCUCCGAGCUCCGGCAGACAGCAGUCCCCAUCGGCCAUCGCAGAUUCGCAGGACUGCCCCCAUCGGUCCUCAAUUUCUCAGCCCCCAGCGCCGAGCUGCCGUUAAUCCGUUCUACAGCGCCUGCACCUGCGACUCUGCGAGGCUGCAAGUCCUGCAACGCUGGGCGGCUCCGCGGCUGGGCGCCUGGGCGCGAUUCGGCGUCUGGGAGUCUGGGACUCCGGCCUCCGGGCACGGCUGCUGCCUGCGCCUUGCUGCGGACUGCGGUGCUCGGCGCCAUCCACGCCUCUGCGCGGCUGGCAGACGGCCGACGACGGACCUCCGACUCCGACUCUCCGAGGCUACGACAGUGGGCGCGACCGCGCUAUCCGGGAGCCCCAGCCGCGGACGGGUCACUUGCGCCGGGCGGACGGCGGUCGGCGGACCUGCGGGCUGCGGUACUCGGCGAGUCGGCGACCAGCUCGGCCGCGAGUCCGCGACUGCGACCCCCAGGUCACCCAGCAGAGCAGAGAGCAAACCACCUCUUGACUUGAUGGAGGAAGAGGAGGCCGGAGGUGCCCCGGCUGCCGGCGUUGCCGGGCACGGCCAUGGCCGUGGCCGCGCUACUGCUUCGGCUGUAGUAGUGGUUCCGGUGGGAGUUGGCAUUGGCCGAGGCCGCGGUGCCACCAGCACGAACCUCACUAGAAACAACAACAAAGGAAUCGGCAAGAAGACUAAAAUAAAUGAUUUGAAGAACUAUUUUACAAGUUUGAGUGGUGGCUCCUCGAGCUCCAACCACCCAAGCACCCAUGAAAGUCGCAAUGCCGCCGAUUCCAUAGUCGAAGAAGUUGAAGGCCAUGCUACCAUUGAAGCCGUAGUAUCUAAUAUAGCUCAAGUUGAGAUUGGUGUUGAUGAUGCACAACCACAAGCACAACAAGAAGAAAAUGAACAAGAAGGUAUUGACCUUAUUGUAGAAUUUAACCCGCUUGUUCAUGUUGUUGCUGAUCCGGCUCUUAGAAUACCAAUUGAGGGAUUUCAUCCUAAUAUUAAAUCUGAGGUUAGGAGAGCUUAUUUAUUGAGAGGCCCCACCCAACCUAUAGGUCAUAAUUUUCCUCGCAAGCGCGUUGGAAAGGAUUGGAGACUCUUUCAACCGAAAUGGUUUAAGGACUCUGAUUGGUUGGAGUAUAGUGUGUCAAAGGAUGCGGCAUUUUGUUUCUAUUGCUUUCUUUUUAGGCAAGAAGCUGAGCAUGAAAAAUUUGGUCAUGUGGUUUUCAUAAAGACAGGGUAUGAUGAUUGGAAGCAUGCAUAUAGAGGGUUACCUGGUCAUGUUGGUGGAGUUUCAGGUUGCCACAAUAAAGCAAGGUUAUGUACCGAGGAUUUUAAGAAUCAAAGGGCGAGUAUCUCCCAUAAGAUCGAUUCUAACUCUAAAGAUGCAGAAAUGCUAUAUGAAGUUCGUUUGACUGCUGCUUUAGAUGUUGCAAGUUAUCUCAUUUCGCAAGGUCAUGCAUUCCGUGGACACGAUGAAUCUGCCUCUUCCUUAAACAAAGGUAAUUUCUUAGAGAUGAUUGAUUGGUACAAAAAACGCAAUGAGGAGGUAAGGGUUGCAUUUGAUGAGUUGUGUCCAAAAACUGCCCGCAUGACUUCUCACAAGAUUCAAAAGGACCUUACACAAAGUUGUGCAGAAGAGAUCACUGAAGUGAUAAAGGAAGAGAUUGGGGAUAGUCUUUUCUCCAUUCUAAUUGAUGAAUCUCGUGAUAUCUCAAUAGCAGAGCAAAUGGUUGUACUUGUCAGGUUUGUGAACAAAAAAGGAAUGGCUGUGGAAAGGUUUCUAGGUCUUAAACAUGUUAAAGAUACAACCUCAAAUGCAUUAAAGAAAGUUUUGACUGAGGUUCUUGCUGACCAUGGUUUAUCUAUUGCUAAACUAAGAGGGCAGGGAUAUGAUGGAGCUUCAAACAUGAGAGGUGAAUUCAAUGGUUUGCAAAAACAAAUUCGUGAUGAGAACCCUUAUGUUUUCUAUGUUCAUUGCUUUGCUCACCAAUUACAGUUGGUCAUUGUUUCUAUUGCAACUUGUUGCUCAUCUUUUGAUGAUUUCUUCAACUAUGUGAAUUUGAUUGUGACAAGUACUAGUGCAUCUUGCAAGAGAAAGGAUAAGUUACUUGCAAAGCAUCGUGAAACCAUUUUGGCAAAGUUGGAGAGUGGUGAGAUUUUUAAAGGAAGGGGGAAGCACCAAAGCACAAACUUGACUAGACCUGGAGAUACAAGAUGGGGCUCUCAUUUUACAACAUUAGUUCGUAUUGAGUCAAUGUGGGAUUCCGUGGUCAAGGUAUUGGCCAUGAUUCAUGAGGACGAACGUAAUCCUGGUCGAGCAGGUGGUUUGGUGCGCAAAAUGGAGAGCUUUUCCUUUGUUUUAAACAUGAAGUUGAUGUUGAAAGUGUUUCGUAUUACACAUGAUAUAUCUCUCCUGAUGCAAAGAAAAGAUCAAAAUAUUGUUCAAGCCAUGUCAUUGCUUAUUGAUGUGAAAGCACGUCUGAUCACCUUCAGAAAUGAAGGUUGGGAGCCAUUAUUGGAAGAAGUCAAAUCAUUUUGUGUUGCAAAACAUAUUCCAAUACCAAAUAUGGAUGAGGCAAUACCAAGAUGGGGUCGAUCAAGGUUUGAUGGGAACUUAAUCACUCAAGAACAUCAUUACCGUGUUGAUACAUUCUUUACUGCACUUGAUGCUAUUAUCACAGAGAUGGAUCAUCGCUUCAAUGAGGUAUCAUCGGAGUUGCUUGUUUGUUUUUCUUGUCUUGAUCCAAGAAAUUCCUUCUCUAAGUUUGAUGUUGGUAAGAUUGCUCGACUAACGGAGAUCUAUGAUGAAGAUUUCACAAUUGUUGAUCGUUCUCUUAUAAAAGAUCAACUUGAGACCUUCAUUAUACAUGUGAGAAGAAUUGAUGAUUUCACUGCUUGUCAUGAUCUUGGAAGUUUAGCCGUGAAGAUGGUUGAAACUGAAAAGCAUAUUGCUUUUCCAUUGGUCUAUCGCCUCAUUGAGUUAACAUUGAUCCUACCAGUGGCAACGGCAUCCGUUGAAAGAGCAUUCUCGGCUAUGCACUUAAUCAAGACAGAUUUGCGCAAUAAGAUGUCCGAUGAUUGGCUCAAUUACUUGCUGGUGUGCUACAUUGAGAAGGAGAUUUUUAAAGGACUUGAUUGUGAUAAAAUUAAGAAGAGGUUUCAAGUCAUGAAAGACCACAAAAUGGACUUCUCGAGGAAACCUAAAGGAUUUAGACGUGCUUAG